AUGAAUCCUUCACUCCUCCUGGCUGCCUUUUGCCUGGGAAUUGCCUCAGCUGCUCUAACACAUGACCACAGUUUAGAUGCACAAUGAACCAAGUGGAAAGCAAAGCAUAAGAAAUUAUAUGGCAUGAAUGAAGAAGGAUGGAGGAGAGCAGUGUGGGAGAAGAACAUGAAGAUGAUUGAGCAGCACAAUCAAGAAUACAGUCAAGGGAAACACAGCUUCACAAUGGCCAUGAACGCCUUUGGAGACAUGACCAAUGAAGAAUUUAGGCAGGUGAUGAAUGGUUUUCAAUACCAGAAGCACAGGAAGGGGAAGGAAUUCCAGGAACGUAUUCUUCUUGAGAUCCCCACAUCUGUGGACUGGAAAGAGAAAGGCUACACGACUCCUGUGAAGAAUCAGGGUAUGUGUGGCUCUUGUUGGGCUUUUAGUGCAUCUGGUGCUCUGGAAGGGCAGAUGUUCUGGAAAACAGGCAAACUUAUUUCACUGAGUGAGCAGAAUCUGGUAGACUGCUCUUGGCCUCAAGGCAAUGAGGGCUGCAACGGUGGUUUCAUGGAUAAUUCCUUCUGGUAUGUUCAGGAGAACGGAGGCCUGGACUCUGAGGCAUCCUACCCAUAUGAAGGAAAGGUUAAAACCUGUAGGUACAAUCCCAAGUACUCUGUUGCUAAUGACACUGGCUUUGUGGACAUCCCUUCACGGGAGAAGGACCUGGCGAAGGCAGUGGCAACUGUGGAGCCCGUCUCUGUUGCUGUUGAUGCAAGCCAUUUCUCCUUCCAGUUCUACAAAAAAGGAAUUUAUUUUGAGCCACGUUGUGACCCUGAAGGCCUAGAUCAUGCUAUGCUGGCAGUUGGCUGUGGCUAUGAAGGAGCAGACUCGGAUAACAAUAAAUAUUGGCUGGUGAAGAACAGGUGGGGUAAAAAACUGGGGCAUGGUGGAUCAUACAACAUAAAGAUGGCCAAAGACCGGAGGAACAACUGAAUCGCCACAGCAGCCAGCUACCCCACUGUGUGA